AUGAUCGGCGAGCUCCUGAUCACCUCCGCCUAUGGGGCUGAGCUCAGGAAAAGGUUCCAGCUUGGGGUGCAUCUUGCUGAGAAUCCAGACCCAUUCUUCCUGGGGACAAGACCAGCCAUGGCUCCCAGCUCCUCCAGCCUCUUACUCCUCCUGGCCCUGAGCACGGACAAGCCAGGGCUUGCACAGACAGGACCCUUCCAGGGAUCUACCAGCUGCCUGCAGGACCCGAGCAGCCAGAGCAGCCUCAGUCACGCCCCGGAUGAGCUGCAGGAACAGGUGGUGUCGAUGGCCAGUACUCUGGAGGAGCUCUGCGAACACACCUGGGCCUUAGGAAACCGAGCCUUCACGGCAGACAUUGGGGAACAACAGCUGAGCAAGGCGGUGGGAGCAGCGGGGGGCCGCAUGGUGGCAGACCCGAGGGUAGAUUCCUGGUUCCUCGUAUACUCACCACUCCCUGUCACCCUCCUGCUUGCCUUCUGUCUACUCGUGGUGGUGGCCGGCCCUCACUUCAUGUCCCGACGGAAGCCCCUGGGACUGGCAGGACCCACCGCUGCCUACAACUUGGGCGUGGUGGUUCUCUCGGGGUAUAUGUUCCAUGAGUUCCUGGCCACCUCGCUCCUGGCUGACUACAGCUACUUCUGCCAGGCAGUGGACUACAGCCGGAGCGCACUGGGCAUGAGGAUGGCGAACGUGUGCUGGUGGUGCUUCUUCAAGGUCUUUGAGCUGCUUGACACAGUCUUCCUUAUAUUAUGAAAGAAGCCUGAGCAGCUCACCUUCCUGCAUGUCUACCAUCAUGGCGCCAUGCUCUUCAACUGGUGGGCUGGUGUCAAGUAUGUGCCGGGUGGUCAAGCCUUUUUCAUCGGGAUGCUUAAUUCUUUGAUCCACGUCUUCCUGUAUACGUACUAUGGACUGACCAGUCUGGGGCCUCACAUGCGGCCUUACCUAUGGUGGAAGCGACACCUUACCAUCCUACAGUUGGGUCAGUUUGUGGUCAUUGUGGCCCACUCCUCCUACAGUCUCUUUGCUGAAUGCCCCUUCCCUGCUGGGUUCAAUGUGGCUGCCCUCCUGUACACCACCAGUCUCAUCCUGUUUCUCAACUUCUACCACCAUACAUACCUGAGGGACAAGCAAGAAAAGCUGGCUUAAGGAGUGGGAUCCAAAGAUGGAAACUGGCAAAGCCAUCCCUACAGAGAAGUGGGCAGAAGACUGUGGCUCCCAGCCCACCUGCAUGAGCAGGUACCUCUGGGCCUACAUAUUAUC